AUGCCGCGUGCGCUUUUCGCGGUGCUUUGCCUGUACUGCCUGGCCACUGGCAAGGUCACUGGCCCCAAUAAAAAACAUGGGGGGUCGCAAGAUGAAGAUCCAACUCUGCGCUUGGCGCGCGCAGUGGCUGCAGCUGUUGUGCAAGAGCUGAACAGGCAGCAGCCCCAAGCGCUACCGCCACCGGCGCCCAUGCUGCCAAUGCUGCCUCCGCAGCCAAUGGCGCCCUGGCCCGGCUACCCUGGGCCGAUGAUGAUGAUUGGCGGCGGCGGGCCCAUGCUGCAACCUAUGAUGGGGUGGCCAAUGUUGCAGCAACCUAUGAUGAAUCAAAUGGUUCCCCUGCCAAACGGAGCCACUCUGACUAUCGCAUCCCCUGAGCCUGUUCCUGGUGGCGCCACACAUGGGCCUGGUUCGUUGCCGUCUGGACCUUCAACUUCCUCUUUGUCCGCAUCGCCAACGAGUUCCCUGGCUUCGUCUCCAGCUGCUGGCCCUGAAUCAGGCAAAAAAAGGAUGUGUCUGUCUGAUCUAGACGGCCUGUCUGCUGCUGCAAAAGAAGAAGGCUGGCGGCACCUGACACAAUCCGCAAAGAGAAAAGCCCGAAAGGUGAAUUACGAAGGAUGGUGGGAUGACAAGGAGAAAAAGAAGGACGAGAAGGACGACACUCAGGAGAAAGCCGACCUCCACCCGGACACGAGUAAUGAUUCUAAUGAUUCGUGGAAUCCAAAAUGGCCAGGAUUUGGUCCUCCAAAACCAGACGGAGGUGGACUGGCUGCUUGA